UAAAUUGAUUACCGUCCGAUAAUGAUUAUCUGCUAAGCCCCUAACGAAGUGUUUCGGAUUAAAACGCAUAUAUACCUACAGCCAAAAUUUGAGAUCCUCAGAUUGUGUUCGCAAGAUGGCCGGCCUGCUCUACUUUGGAUUGCUCCUGAUCAUUGGUUUCGCUCAGUGCGAACCAGUAGAGCCUGAAAUCGCAUAUAUCGAUGAUUCUCUUCGAGGGUCUAGAAUCGUGAGCGGUUGGGAAGCUGUAAACGGACAGUUCCCUUACACCGUCAGCAUUCGUAUGGUUGGGCCCACAGGCGGCGUAGGUGCAUGUACUGGUUCCAUCCUCACCAAUGAAUGGAUCCUCACUGCUGCUCAUUGUCUAGCCAGGCGCUUCACUUUUGUAGUCCGGCUAGGCCAGGUGGACAUAACAACUCCUGGGUACAUGGUGGAAGCGACAGAGAAGUAUAUCCACGAGGGUUACGACCAAGAAGACACUGCAGUGCAGACUGAUGAUAUUGGAGUGCUGAAACUGGACCGUUACAUACCUUAUGGAGACUACAUCCAGCCAAUCAGAAUCCAGAGCAGUCAGCGUAACGAGGAGGAAUACACCAACCUGCAGCUGGUGCAAAGCGGUUAUGGACGUACCGAUGACUGGUGGGCUGGUGGUAUCGUCCCCGACAUCCUAUACUGGACCUAUCAGCGUGGCAUCUCAAUGCUGGUCUGCCGCUCCUGGUACCCUCGCAGUCAGGUCAUUCACGAUCGGAAGACUGUCUGCGCUCAGUUCUACAAUGCCAGUUCAACACCAGCCAGAACCCUUGCACGGGUGACAGUGGCGGUGCUCUAACCAUAGUAGACUUGGACGGCAAGCCCACACAGAUCGGCAUCAUGAGCUUCGGUUCCUCUCGCGGCUGCAACACUCACAACCCGUCAGGUCACGUCCGCCCGGAGUACUACCACGACUGGAUAGAGAAGCAGACCGGCAUCAACUUCGACUGGAACGUUGAGGACCUGGAGACCACGCCUGAUGGCGACGGCGAGAACCAACAAAUAAGUUUUGUUAACUAAAAUUAUGA